GUUUCCACGACAUAUAAUAUUGCAAACGAAACUACAAAAAGGAUCCAUCAUGGAGAAUGCUCCGGAACAGUACGAUGAUACCAAUCGUGCAUUUCUUCAAGCAUUAUUAGCGCGUGGGACUUUGAAUCUAGAAGAAGGCAAAGAUUUACUCGCCCAUAUUUUCACAGUUCAAGAUGAUGGACGAGUCACUUCAGCAGACGAUGUCACAAAAGACGACCUAAACUCCUACAUAUCCAAGGCAGCUGAAGCCCUCUCGCCGUUCGAUUACGAGAUUAGAAGCAUGAGGCAUCAGCGAACAAAUGAACAAAUCUGGGCUCUUGUCAACAGCACCAGCGACCCUCUCACUCAGAUUGCGACCACUUUUACAACAGAGGAAAUGUUCUAUAUCAAGCGGUUACUGGAUUCCAUGUUCGAAUCGUACAAUACUAAGGGAAAGGAGGUCAUGGCUAUAACUAGCACUCAGGCUAUACACUCAUCAGUCAUCGGAGGCUCCGGUCGGCAGAGCAUAGGUGAAGCCGACAUGCAGACAAUAGAUAACGGCGUAAGGAAAUCAGAAGCCGAGAAAGUAUUGGAAGGUCUGGUAGCACAAGGGUGGUUUGAACGAAGCGAUCGAGGGUAUUAUUCUCUGUCACCCCGCGCGAUUCUAGAGCUCCGAAGCUGGCUGGUCGAUACAUACAACGAUUCGGACGACCCGGAUGAGUGGCAGCGCAUAAAAAACUGUGAAGCAUGCAAAGGAAUCAUUACAGUUGGAAUGCGGUGUUCGAGGAGGGAUUGCAAUGUGCGACUACACAAGAUCUGUCAACCUGCAUAUUUUAGGUCACGUCCCAAUCAGAAUUGUCCAAAGUGCGAAACCGAAUGGGAUGGGGAGCAUUACGUUGGAGAGAGAGCGGUCACAUCAACGGAAGACAACUUGAGGGAGAAGCGGAGAAGUGGUGCUUCUUCGCAAAGGAGAAGAGCCCCCGUUGACGAGGGAGAAGAGGGCGAAGAGGGCGAAGAAGAGGGCGAAGAGUGAUGAAAUUAAAAACAGGAGAUAUGGCGUUAGGGUGAACGGUUAUGAUAUCCCAAAUGUUUAAAAUGUUUUGAAUUGUUGGUGAUAAUUUGUGGUAGGAUAGACGACAAGUCAAUUUAAAAUUCAUGCCUACAUCACUAAUUGGUCAAUACUCUGAUGCAAGCAUGCUUGGCGGAAUCGAUCCCAGUGCCUAAUUCGUGCAACACA